GAAGAGGAGAAGAAAGAAGAUGGAGUAAAGUGGACUCAGCUGGAGCAUCGAGGACCCUACUUUGCCCCCCUCUAUGAGCCACUGCCUGAUGAUGUGCAGUUUUAUUAUGAUGGCAAACCCCUGAAGCUGAGCCUGGCCACAGAGGAAAUUGCCACCUUCUAUGCCAAAAUGCUCGAUCAUGAAUAUACGACCAAGGAGAUCUUCCAGAACAACUUCUUCAGUGACUGGAGGAAGGAGAUGACUUCAGAGGAGAAGAAGAUAAUCAAGAAACUGGACAAGUGCGACUUCAGGGAGAUCCAUAAGUACUUUGUGGACAAAAGUGAGGCACGAAAAGCACUCUCCAAAGAGGAGAAGCAGAAACUGAAGGAGGAGGCGGAUAAGAUCCAGGAGGAGUAUGGGUACUGCAUCCUUGAUGGGCAUCGGGAGAAGAUAGGCAACUUCAAAACCGAGCCACCGGGGCUUUUCCGUGGCCGUGGUGACCACCCCAAAAUGGGCAUGCUGAAAAAGAGGAUCAUGCCAGAAGAUGUUAUCAUCAACUGCAGCAAGGACUCCAAGAUCCCCAAGCCACCAGAAGGGCACAAGUGGAAGGAGGUGCGCUUUGACAACACGGUUACCUGGCUGGCCUCAUGGACAGAAAACAUCCAGAACACUUUGAAAUACAUCAUGCUGAACCCCAGCUCCAAGCUGAAGGGGGAGAAGGAUUGGCAGAAGUAUGAGGUAGCGCGGCGCUUAAAGGAUGUUGUCCACAAAAUCCGUGCUCGGUACCGAGCCGACUGGAAGUCCAAGGAGAUGAAGAAGCGGCAAAUAGCAGUAGCCCUCUACUUCAUUGAUAAGCUGGCCCUGCGAGCUGGCAAUGAGAAGGAGGAAGGGGAGACUGCAGACACAGUUGGCUGCUGUUCUCUGCGCAUCGAGCACAUUAAACUUCACCCUGAGCUGGAUGGGCAGGAGUAUGUGGUGGAGUUUGACUUCCUUGGGAAAGACUCGAUCCGUUACUACAACAAAGUGUCGGUGGAGAAGCUGGUGUUCAAGAACCUGAAGCUGUUCAUGAAGAACAAGGACCCAGGAGAUGACCUCUUUGACAGGCUCAGCGUGAGUUGUCACCUCUAA